AUGGCCAAAAGAAUUGCUGAGAAGGAAUUGACCGAUAGGAACUGGGAUCAAGAAGACGAAGCCGAAGAGGUGGGGACGUUCUCAGUGGCCAGUGAGGAAGUCUUGAAGAAUAGAGCCAUAAAGAAAGCAAAGCGUAGGAAUGCUGGAUGUGAAUCGGAUGGUGGAGGGGCCUUCAAAGGCUUUAAAGGGCUGGUGGCACCCUCUGCAGGAGGAGGGUUUUCUGGAUUCGGCGCUUGUGUUGGAGGGAAGCCCUUGGAAGGACUGUCCAACGGGACCAGCAUGACUGGUGCCGCGCCCUUCUCCGGUGCCAGAGCUGCGGCCGAGACCAAGGUGGCCUUUGGAUCUGUUGCUGCAAACGGCCCCGCCUCCUUGGCUGAUGGGAAGUCCUCCGGGCUGGCCUCCAGCACCGCCUCCCAGGGGAGCGCCUACCACAAGCAGCUGGCCGCCCUCAACUGCUGCGUGCGGGACUGGAUCGUGAAGCACGUGGACGCCAACCCGCUGUGCGACCUGACGCCCGUCUUCAGGGACUACGAGAGCUACCUGGCGGGCAUCGAGCAGCAGCAGGGCGACAGCGGGAGCAGCGGCUCCGAGCAGAAAUCUAGCAAAAUGUCACUCGACUCCCAGGCUCCCUCCCUGUUCGGUUCCGCCAAGUCCCAGCAGGAGUCGACGUUCCUGUUUCACGUGGAUAAAACUGAGGGCGCCUCCGGAAAGAAGACGGGGGCGGGGCCUGAGGAAAAGGGGGACCCGUCUCUGGGAGUGACAAGUGCCUCGUUUAGUUUCGGCAAGAAGGUGGACGGGUCUGUGCUGGGCUCCUUAAACUCUGGCCCCCUGGCUGGGUUUUCCUUUUCUCCUGGAAACGCCAGUUUGUUUGGCAAAGACAUUGCCCAGAGUAAGCCGGCUGCUUCACCCUUCUCCGCCCCGGGACCGGAGAGCCAGGCGGGUGGCGGCAGCGUGGGCUGCAAAGGCGGGGAAGAGGAGGAAAGUGACGAGCCGCCCAAAGUAGUGGUCACGGAGGUGAAGGAAGAAGAUGCUUUUUACUCCAAAAAGUGCAAACUUUUUUACAAGAAGGACAAUGAGUUUAAAGAGAAGGGUGUGGGAACUCUGCAUCUAAAACCCACGGCGAGUCAGAAGACGCAGCUGUUGGUGCGGGCGGACACCAACCUCGGCAACAUCCUGCUGAACGUGCUGGUCCCGCCCACCAUGCCGUGCACGCGCACCGGGAAGAACAACGUGCUCAUCGUCUGCGUGCCCAACCCCCCGGUGGACGAGAGGAACGCCGCCGCCCCCGUGCCCAUGCUGGUCCGGGUCAAGACCAGCGAGGACGCGGACGAGCUGCACCGGCUGCUGCUGGGCAAGAAGGACGCCGCCUAG